AACCCAGGCGUCCGAGUCUGACCCCGCCCCCACAUUGAAACUUGCCGCCUCCGCCGCCUCUCAGUCUUGACCGGAAACCCUGCGCCGGAGGCGGAAGCGGCCCGCGCCGGAAGCGGAAGUGGCGGUGCAGGAAGAUGGCGGUGCUGGGGCGGCUGGCGGCGGCGAACAGGCUGCUUUUGGCUGCUCCGCAGGUGACUGCGAUUGCAGUGCGAUGCGCAUCCAAGAAGAGUGGAGGCAGCUCAAAAAAUCUCGGUGGCCGCAGCCCCGGGAAACGCUAUGGCUAUAAGAAAACAGAGGGCGCCUUUGUUCAUGCAGGCAACACAUUAGCCACCCAACGGAUAAUACGCUGGCAUCCAGGGGCUCAUGUGGGGAUAGGUUGUAACAAGACUCUCUAUGCUCUGGAAGAUGGGAUUGUGCGAUUCACCAAGGAGGUCUAUGUGCCACCACCGCGCAGCCAAGAGAGCAGGGAAGUGAUCUGCCGUCUCCCAAAAGGGGUGGUGCUUUACAAAACCUUCAUCAACGUUGUCCCCACCAAAGAAGGGGGGAGCUUCAAGCUAGUCACCAUGCUCUGAGGCUCUGCUGCCUCCCACAGUAAUGACUGGUGGGGUGGGACUGAUCACCGUGACAAACCUGGCACUCAAUCAAAAAGGCGUCUGGAGGACUCCUCUAGGUCUGAAAUGACUUGUUGGCAACUCCAGUUUCCUGCUUCUAGAACUCAUUGGGUGUAGAUUGGAGAGUUACAAGGUAAUCUGGACUGCCCUGAAGUUCUUUGGAGAAAUAUAUAUCAAAUAGAUGUUCUAACAGUGUGAGGGUGUCUAAGGAAUAAAUGUAAAACAAAAAGGGCUCAGUAAAGCUGCCUUUCCCGUCUGGACAGCUGUGCUCCAAUCCAGCCAGAUAUACUGCAAUUUCUGCACAGGAAUUCUCCAGUUCUAGGAACAGCCAUUUUGAUUCUCAGCAUUCCUUGGAAUGGCUCCUAACUGCACCUGAUGUACAUUGGGGAUUCUGAAAAGGGAAUGAGGUGGGGGGGGAGGGAGUCAGUCCAAGAGGGGGAAACUGAGUUCUAAUCCCAGCUUUGGCACCAACUCACGCUGUAGCACUGGGCCUCAACUUCUGCCUCAGUUUCCCCAUUGGCAAAACCGGGAUAACGACCACCACACCUUCAAACAUGAACUCUCAUAACGUGUGUGAAGUAGGAAAGCAGCUGUUCUCAUGGGACAUGGGGAAACUGAGGCACAAGAUUGCUGAAGGCUCCGGAGUCAGGAUCCUUACUUAGGAGUUACUGAGUCAGCACACACCAAGAGGCAUCAUCAUUUGACUAACUAGAAUCAUUGUUUCUAAUAGGCGGAAGCUAAUUGCGGUGGGGAUCAGAGGCUGUACUGAAUCCCUGUUGUCACUUCCCCCUCCUCCUAAUGAAAGAGUUUGCAGCAUAUUGGUAACAGUUAUAAGCCUUCAUGCAAGGAGUUACUGCAGUUUAUUGGCAUGAACAAGUACCAGAAGGAGCUGUCUCCACUGUUUGUGCUUAUCAUCCGAGGGGAAGGUCCAGGGAGACAUAAACAACCAGCUCUGCUCACAUGGUGAACUCUGGUUGUACUGUGUGAAGCUGGCAUCUUUGCCAGAAGUUUUGUUGUAAAACUCCUGUGUGCUUAGGUAGAAGAGGGAACUCCAGGAGCUCCCUGCCCAAAAGACAGCUUCAGAGAAUGAGAAUAAAAUGGUUUUCUGACUUAGUUCUAAAGCUAUUGCAUGAUUAUGUCCAGUCCUGCCAUGAUGACCAUAUUCAAAAGAGAAACUGCCACAUUGUGGCCAAAAAUAAAACCCUGCAGUCAGUAGAAAUAUUUUCAUGACUUUCUAAAGUUUCAAAAUCCAGACAAACUGCUUUGGAAUGAAUCCCUCCUGUGUUUGUAAUGCUCAUACUACAGCAUUGCGCAAGGGCAGAGGAGCUAGUUAAGAAAAGGCCAGAUGACUUCUACUAUUAAAACCAAACAUUUUAGAAGGUA